ACCUCUCUUCCUCUCUCAUCUCUUUUUCUCUCUAGCAGGCUUCACCAAAAAAUGGAAAUCGAAGAAGAACAUGAACAAUCCCUAAUAACCCGCACAAAAGAACCACCAAAGAUCCACAGGCUCGAAGAAUCAGUAGUUAACAGAAUCGCAGCUGGUGAAGUCAUACAACGCCCCGUUUCCGCUGUUAAAGAGCUCGUCGAGAACAGUCUUGACGCUUCUUCAACUUCCAUCAAUGUUGUUGUCAAAGAUGGUGGACUCAAGCUUAUCCAAGUCUCUGAUGAUGGCCACGGUAUCCGCCAUGAAGACUUGCCAAUUCUGUGUGAAAGACACACAACAUCAAAACUAUCUGUUUUCGAAGACUUGCAGAGUAUAAAAUCAAUGGGGUUUAGAGGUGAAGCAUUAGCUAGUAUGACUUAUGUUGCUCAUGUUACAGUUACUACCAUCACCAAUGGUCAAUUACAUGGUUAUAGGGUUUCUUAUAAAGAUGGUGUCAUGGAGAGUGAACCUAAGCCUUGUGCUGCUGUGGAAGGAACUCAAAUGACGAUUGAAAAUCUCUUUUACAAUAUGACGGCUCGAAGGAAGACACUUCAGAACUCUGCUGAUGAUUAUGCUAAAAUAGUGGACCUAAUUUGUAGGUUUGGAGUACAUCACACUAAUGUGAGCUUUUCAUGUAGAAAGCAUGGUGCUACCAGAGCUGAUGUUCACACGGUGGCUACACCGUCAAGACUUGAUGCAAUCAGAUCCAUCUACGGUGUCUCAGUAGCCCGUGAUCUCAUGGAAGUUACGGCUUCGGAUGAUGAUCAGUCUGGCUCAGUUUUCAAGAUGCAUGGUUACAUCUCAAAUUCAAAUUAUAGCACCAAGAAAAUUACUAUGGUGCUUUUUAUAAAUGAUAGGUUGGUUGACUGCACUUCCUUGAAGAGAGCAAUUGAAGUUGUUUAUGCUGCAACCCUGCCAAAGGCAUCUAAACCAUUCAUAUAUAUGUCAAUUGUACUGCCUCCUGAGCAUGUGGAUAUUAAUAUUCAUCCAACAAAGAGAGAGGUAAGCCUUUUGAACCAGGAAACGAUUAUUGAGAAAAUACAAAUGACAGUGGAGUCGAAUUUAAGGAACACUAAUUCAGCAAGGACAUUUCACACACAGACUGCAGAACCUUCUCAAUCUGUUCCUCUGAGCUCAAGCAAGGAGGCCAAUGAUCGAUCACCCUCUGCCUCUAAACAGGAAAAUGUUCCAGUGCAUAAAAUGGUCCGUACUGAUAUUACGGAUCCUGUUGGAAGAAUGCAUGCCUACUUGCAAGAUGCACCUCUGAGUCAGCAUGAACGGAAAUCUGGCUUGAACACAAUACGCUCUGCAGUGAGGCAUAGAAGAAAUCCUAGGGAAAGUGCAGAUCUGACUAGCGUGCAGCAGCUCUUAAGCGAGGUUGAUAAUAACUGUCAUUCUGGGCUGCUGGACAUCGUCAAGCAAUCGACAUAUGUUGGAAUGGCAGAUAAUGUCCUGGCUUUGCUUCAACACAACACCCGCCUGUAUCUUGUUAAUGUAGUGAAUUUGAGCAAAGAGCUCAUGUAUCAGCAAGUUCUACGUCGAUUCGCCCAUUUCAAUGCUAUUCAACUUAGUGAGACCGCCCCCCUUUCAGAAUUAAUGAUGAUUGCAUUGAAAGAAGAAGAUAGGGAAUCCAAAGCUGAUGAUGUGAUGAAGCAGAAUAUAGCAGAAAUGAAUGUUGAGCUGCUGAAGCAAAAAAUUGAGAUGUUGCAGGACUAUUUUGGCAUUCUCAUCGAUCAACGGGGAAACUUAUCUAGGCUUCCUGUUAUACUGGAUCAAUACACACCUAACAUGGAUCAUCUUCCAGAAUUUGUGUUGUCGUUGGGCAAUGAUGUGGAUUGGGAAGACGAACAAAAUUGUAUGCAAUCAAUUUCAGCAUCUCUAGCAAACUUCUAUGCUUUGCAUCCUCCUCUCCUGCCCAACCCAUCUGGGGAGGGGCGGCAAUUUUACAAGAACAGGACACGGACUGGCAAUGGUGAAGAGAAUGUAAAUGAUCCCAGAGAAUCAGAGGAUAACCUUGAUCUUGAAUUGAUAUCAGAAGCUGAGACUGCAUGGGCUCAACGAGAAUGGUCCAUCCAACAUGUCUUGUUCCCUUCCCUAAGACUAUUUCUGAAGCCUCCUAAGUUGAUGGCUACCAAUGGAACAUUUGUUCAGGUGGCUUCACUGGAGAAGCUCUACAAAAUCUUUGAAAGAUGCUAGUGAUACUUGCUGAGUCAAACUGCUGUGGAGGCAACCUAGAAUAUCUACCAAAAAUCUUGAAAGAGCAAGUUUUCAUGAAGACAUGAACUGUACAGGUUAUUCUGAACUGGGUUCCAUGUUAUAACUUGUAAAUAUUCCCUUCCUUGUUGUACUUGUAAGAGGAUGAACUGAUAUCUUUCUUCUAUUGAUAAUUCGGUGUUGGUUAGGUCAUGUAUAGUCUUUUAAUUGUAGUAUUACAAUUAAGUAUCUUGAACUUGUACCCUAUAUUAGCUAAAAGCUAUUUCUUGA